AUGACGCAGCAAAACGUAACUAAGGCGAAAGUAUCAGACAUUGCUGAGGAAUACCUCAAAUUCAUAGCUCUGAAUGAUGUACCGGAAGCAUUAACUGCACGAGAAAUUGAACAAGUCUCGUCAUGUGAUCCUGAGAUUACGCAACUACGAAGGGAGAUCCGUAAAAACGGUGAUUUUAAGGAUUUACCUGACUACAAACAUGUUAGAAAAGAACUAACUGUUUUGGGGAAAAUGGUGUUACGUGGAACUCGUAUCGUUAUUCCGAAAUCUUAUCGAUAUAGAAUAGUCAAAUUAGCACACCAAGGCCAUCAGGGAAUCGUGAAAACAAAGCAGAAAUUGCGCAACACUGUAUACUGGCCUGGUACGGACAGUCAGGUCGAACGAGAAGUUAAAAAGUGUCAUAGUUGUCAGUUAGUAGGUCAGCCGGAGAAGCCAGAACCGGUGUCGAGAACAAAAUUGCCAGAGGGACCAUGGCAAUACUUAUCGAUAGAUCUUAUGGGACCAUUUCCAAAUAAAGGUGAUUAUGUGUUUGUUGUUAUUGAUUAUUUCAGUAGAUGGUACGAGUUGGAUAUUAUGAAAAGCAUAACUUCAAGUAAAAUCAUUGAAAGUUUGGACAAAAUGUUCGUUACACAUGGAUUACCAACUUUAAUAAGGUCUGGUAACGCACCAAAUUUCAAAUCUGAGGAGUUCGAGGAUUAUUUACGUGAUCAUGCAAUUGAGCACUUAACACGUAUACCAUAUUGGGCUCAAAGCCACGGGGAAGUCGAACGCAUAAAUAGGACAAUAUUGAAAACAAUUAAAACUGAAAUAGGGAAUUGGAGAAAACAUCUGAAUGAGUUUAUUUUCGCGUACAGAACAACGCCGAACACAGUAACAGGAGUAUGUCCUGCUGAACUGAUAAUUCGUAGGAAACUUUGUACUAAGUUACCUUAUUUGGUUGACAGGGAGGCUGAAAAAUGUGACUUUCGACAAAGGGACAUGAUCCAGAAAGAAGUAGGGAAGGAGUAUGCAGAUACUCACAGAAAUGUGAAAUACAGUGACAUUUUAAAAGGUGACAAAGUUCUCGUUGAACAAAAAGAACAUAAUAAGCUCACGCCACGGUUUGAACAAGAACCAUAUGUCGUAACAGAAAAAAAUAGGAAACCAGGUAUCGCUUGA